GAGAACCAGUGCAAAUAAUAUGGCUUCCGGUUACAGAAUUUCAAGAUUUUUAUAUGUUACUUAUAGCAAGUACUCAAUUUUAAGACAAUCGACGAAGCAUGUUUUGUGUUUGCGACAAUGCAGUUUAGGUUAUACAUCCAUAGCAAGUCAAGAGAGUGAUGAUGAUGCAGACAGACUUGAGACUGGGAAGCUGCAGAGUAAUUAUCCUGGACACAUACCAACCACAUUGUUUCAGAAAGCACUGCUGGCAGUGGGCUCAGCAGGGAUGUCUCUCUACAACCCUGCACGGGAUGAUAUGAUCUCAGUUAUGGGGGAAACCACAGGUUAUUUUGCUCUACGGUGGAUGAGAGAGAAGAUGUUAAAAGAUCCAACAGGAAAACAGAUUUUAGAAGAGAAGCCUGUAAUAAACACAAAGACUGUAUCAAUACCUGAGCUUGGAAAUCUUCCUGAGGGAACAUUUGGAAAAGAGUACUGGAAGUUCCUGUCCACCAAUGGUUUUUCUCCCGAUUCCCGAAUGGCUGUCCAGUUUGUUGACGAUCCUGAUCUGAUGUACGUCAUGCUCCGCUAUCGUCAAGUUCACGACUUGUUACACACGUUGCUGGGAAUGCCCACCAACAUGCUUGGUGAGAUCGUAGUCAAGUGGGUGGAGGCUCUCCAGACUGGAUUACCAAUGUGUGCACUGGGGGCACUGGGUGGGCCUAUUCGUCUCAGACCAGUACACCGAAAUCAGUAUUUGAAUAUUUAUUUGCCAUGGGCACUAAAGACUGGCUACAAUGCAAAGUUCUUGAUGGCCGUGUACUUUGAAAAACACUGGGAACAAGACCUGGAUGAGUUCCAGCGUGAACUGAAUAUACAACCAGCACCCAAGCCUAUUAAAAAGACUGGCAAAAGAACACUGUCAUAACACCACUCAACAAUUUUGUGUACUCAUACAAAAUAUGUUUCUGGAUUUCCAGGAAUAUGAGACCUUAGCUGGUUAGGUUGUUAUUUUCAUGGUGCACUGUAUUACUAUUAUAUAAAAUGUAUAUUCAGCAGCGUCAACAGACAUCUGUUAUUAGAGCUUCCUAAUGGUUUUGUUCACACGGUUUGUUGUUGCUCACAGACUAAACCAUGUUUAGAUUCUGUAAAAUGUACAUCAUUUUAAAUACAAACAGUAAAUAGUUUUAACACUU